CUGGCGUGGGGGGCCCUGCGGUGAGGGGCACAGGGGCACUGAGGUCAGGGACAGCCCCUCGGAACUGCCACACUGUCACCCGACGGGCAGCAGCGUGGGGGUGUCUGUGUUAUAAAAACCGGCCCAAGGCCGGUUCCUGCCUACCGCUGGGAACCGGCAGGACACGGAAGGCCCGGGAGCGGGCGGUGCCGCCGCAGUGCCUCUCCCGGGAAGAUCCACGCCGGCUGCAAAUCCCAGGGGAAUGUCCUUGGCGGAGCGCCUCGUGCCCGCGCUCGGGGGUCCUGCGGGGCCGCGCUCGGGCAGCGGGAGCGCGCCUCGCGUGUGUGUGUGGGGGCCGGCGGGAGCGCGCGCGGCUGCAGCCAACGGCCGCCGGCGCACGCGCACACCGCGGGCGCCGUGGGGGCGUGUCCAAGCGCUCCCGGCCCCGCCCCCGCGGGGUGCGUGCCUGUCUCGGCUCCCAUGGUGCCCCGCGCGCCGCGUGGAUUUUAAAUCGUGCGGCCAAUGGGGAGCGGCCGCGCGCGGUAACGGCCCCGGCGCCGCCUUUGAAUCGCGGCCGGACCGAGCGAGAGAGAGAGCGGCCGAGCUCAGCCCGGGCCGCCGCCGCACCGGCACAGCGACCCGCCGGCACAGGGACUCGGCACCCCCAGCUCCACCGGUACCGAGACCCCCCGCUGCACCGGCACCAGGACCCGCCGGUACAGGGACUCGGCACCCCCAGCUCCAUCGGUACCGAGACCCCCAGCUACACCGGUGCAGGCACCGGCACCCACUGCUGCACCGGGAGCCGCCGCUCGCCCGGCAGCCGCUGUUUGGGUGCAGGGAGCCGGGGCCCGGCGGUGCCCGAGCGCGGACACAGCAUGAGCGCGCCGGGCGGGAAGGCGGCGCGGCCGGCGGCGCUGGCGGAGCCGGCCCGGGCGGCGGCGGCGGCGGCAGCAGCGGCGGGCAAGGAGGUGCCGAAGGUGCUCGUGGACCCGCGCACCCGGCGCAGCUUCGUGCGCGGGCGGUUCCUGGGCAAGGGCGGCUUCGCGCGGUGCUACGAGCUGGCCGAGGCCGAGAGCCGCGAGGUGUUCGCGGGCAAGGUGGUGCCCAAGUCGCUGCUGGUGAAGCCGCACCAGAAGGAGAAGAUGUCCAUGGAGAUCGCCAUCCACCGCAGCCUCUCCCACCGCCACGUCGUCGGCUUCCAGGGCUUCUUCGAGGACGACGACUUUGUCUACGUCGUGCUGGAGCUGUGCCGCCGCAGGUCGCUGCUGGAGCUGCACAAGCGGCGGAAGGCGCUGAGCGAGCCCGAGGUGCGGUACUACCUGCGGCAGACCAUCCUGGGCUGCCAGUACCUGCACAGCCACCGCGUCAUCCACCGCGACCUCAAGCUGGGCAACCUCUUCCUCAGCGACGACAUGGAGGUGAAGAUCGGUGACUUUGGCCUGGCCACCAAGGUAGAGUACGAUGGGGAGCGCAAGAAGACCCUGUGUGGGACACCCAACUACAUCGCCCCAGAGGUGCUGGGCAAGAAGGGGCACAGCUUCGAGGUGGACAUCUGGUCCAUAGGCUGCAUCAUGUACACUCUUCUGGUGGGGAAACCGCCGUUUGAGACUUCUUGUCUAAAGGAUACGUACAUCCGGAUCAAGAAGAAUGAGUACACCAUUCCCAAGCACAUCAACCCUGUGGCCGCAAACCUCAUCCAGAAGAUGCUGAGGUCGGACCCUGCCACGCGCCCGACCAUCGACGAGCUGCUGAAUGACGAGUUCUUCACCUCGGGCUACCUCCCCAGCCGCCUGCCCACCAGCUGCCUCACCAUCGCGCCCCGCUUCUCCCUGGCUCCCAGCAGCAUGGAGCUCGGCGGGCGCAAGCCGCUGACCGCGCUCAAUAAAGGACUGGACAGCCCUGCCCAGGAGCCCUUGCCGGACAAGGAGGAAGCGGCGGGGCUGCGGGAGAUGGGAGAUGCUGUCAGUUGCCACCUGGCUGACAUGUUGCAGCAGCUGACUGCAGUCAACGCAGCCAAGCCCUCCGAGAGAGUAGCAGUGAGGCAAGAAGAAGCUGAGGACCCAGCCUGCAUUCCCAUCUUCUGGGUUAGCAAAUGGGUGGACUACUCGGAUAAAUACGGACUCGGUUACCAGCUCUGUGACAACAGCGUUGGGGUUCUCUUCAAUGACUCUACUCGGCUCAUCAUGUACAACGAUGGGGACAACCUGCAGUACAUUGAGCAGAACAACACCGAGUCCUACUUCACUGUGAGGUCCUACCCCUCUGCCCUCAACAAGAAGAUAACACUACUGAAGUACUUCCGGAAUUACAUGAGCGAGCACUUGCUGAAGGCGGGGGCGAACAUCACGCCACGGGAAGGGGACGAGCUGGCCCGACUGCCCUACCUGUGCACCUGGUUCCGGACCCGCAGUGCCAUCAUCCUGCACCUCAGCAACGGCACUGUGCAGAUCAACUUCUUCCAGGACCACACCAAGGUCAUCCUGUGCCCUCUCAUGGCUGCUGUCACAUACAUAGAUGAGAAACGGGACUUCCGCACGUACAAGCUGAGCCUGAUCGAGGAGCACGGCUGCUGCCGGGAGCUGGCCAGCCGCCUGCGCUACGCCCGCACCAUGGUGGAGAAGCUCCUCAGCUCCAAGUCUGGCUCGGGCCGGGCGAAAUCUUCCUCUUAGACCUUGUUCUUGCUGGACUCAACAUCUGUGCCAAAUUGCGCAGCUGUGGAGGGAGAGGUCUGGCAGCUUCCCUCCCGUGGCCCAGCUGGGUUCCCAUUCCUGGGUAUGGGCUCGUUGCCACAAGGAAGCCCCUGCUGCUGUGGGAAUGGUGUUGUUUACUGACUGGUGCCCAAAGGUUUCUUGCUUCCUGCUCAUAAAAAAGUGUAUUUUUUAAUUCCCUACCUAGUCUGUUUUUCUAAUUUCCCAAAGCCAAAAGCCCAGCUCCAAACCAGUCCUCUCAUUUGAGGUGCCUGGGCCUGCUCUUGAGAGAGCAGAGCUGGCACGUGAGGUGUCCGUACAUGGCUGUGCCCGUGCUCUGGGCUUCGUUUCCUCUGGUAGAAGCUCAGGUAAGGUAUUGAACAAACCCAGGGUGAGAUUUGAGCAAUCGGCCUUUUAAUACUGAAACUCCAUGAAACCUCAACUUUUGUAUAUUGCAUAACUUGAAUAAAGAUUGUUUGACACAGCAUCCAGGCUGUUUCACUUCCCUUUGCCUUACUGAGAGAGGAGGCAGCAGCUCUCUGGCUUCCCCUCUGAAUGAGGCAUCCUCUUACCCUUACUGACAGCCCUGGGCUGGGCUUGCCUCUUCCUUGGUUCCAUGACGAAUGAUUGCUAAAGAAUCAGCACAAGCCAGAGGUGCCCUCAGGCCAGUUUGUUUUUAAGCAGGACCAGCUUUUUUGUUUUUAUUUUUAAAUUUUUAUAACAUUUUGUAUAAAUAUAUUCUGAAAAUAAACUUGGUACAAACCCUGUUACCUGUGUAACAAAAUCCCACACCCCAGCACACACAGGAAUCAGACUAUACAAAAUUAUUGCUGUUCCACAGAGGAGCUUUGUUGUGGGGCUCUCUGUGCCCAUGGGCUCAGUUGGUGUUGGAGGCUGGCUAGCAGGGAACACGUGCCCAUGGGGAUGCCAUGAACCAAAGCACUCAUGGGACACCCGCCCUGGGCAGCAGGAGAGGCUGGGGGAGCUGCAGGCAUUGGCCUGUCUUUGAGGGAAGGAUCCCAGGGGCAACUGUUCCAUACUGCAGUGCCACCAGGCCUGGCACAGGUACAGGCUGCUGGGGACCCUAAGGGAGAACCCCCUGUUCUGAGCCCAGCUGAGAUCCACACCUUCAUGGCGGGGCUGUGCCCUCACAGCCCGGGUCCCAGCCCCAGGGUGGCUGCUCAGCCUGGCCUGGGGAGCACAGCCCCGCUGGGGCUGAGGGGCAGCUCCAGUGUCAGGACUGGGGGCCUGGUGUGCUCAAGGAGCUGUGUCCCCUGGCACAGGAGAGAACCCACGGCACAAAGCGGGACAAAGCUUCCAGUCCCUGGGGGAUGUCCCCUGGGGCCGACGGCAGCCUGAGGGCAUCGCUGUGCCAGGGCCCCGCUGUGAAAACACAACGUGUUUUCCUCUUUCUUCUCCAAUCACUUCGUCCACCUGAGAUGUCUUUGUUUUCUGACCCAAAUGCCUUCACACCUGAGUCUGACUGUGAUACCUCUGUUGCCUCGUGCCCUCGCUUGGCCCGGCAGCAGGACACCGAGAGAGGGCCCGGGCGGGGAGCAGUGGCCACAGCCCUCAGCCAUGACCUCCAGCAGGCACCAUCGCCGCUCAGCCAUGACCUGCGGCCCUCAGCCAUGACCCGUGGCCCUUGGGCACCGUCGCCCCUCAGCCAUGACCCACGGCCCUUGGGCACAACCCAUGGCCCUCAGCCAUGACCCACGGCCCUCAGGCGCCGUCACCCCUCAGCCAUGACCUGCGUCCCUCAGCCAUGACCUGAAGCCCUCAGUCAUGACCUGCGGCCCUCAG